UUCUACACCAGCAGUUUUGUGCACAGAUGCAGACUAGUUCUAUUUAAAGAAAGUCCUUAGUUAUUGUCCAUUUAGCAAUGGUGUUGAGGUCACGAAUCUCAAUCUUAUUCUUCUCCUUAACACUGUUAGUAGCAGUAGCAACCGGUUCUAAUAAUGCUGGCAAAAUUGUAACCUACUGGGGCCAGAAUGGUUAUGAGGGCACCCUGGCAGAGGCUUGUGCCACAGGGAACUAUGAAUAUGUGAUCAUAGCCUUCCUGCCAACAUUUGUCACUGGCCAGACUCCCAUGAUUAAUCUAGCUGGUCAUUGUGACCCACAUGUUAAUAAUGGGUGCAUUGGCGUAAGCUCUGACAUUGAGUCGUGCCAAGCCAAAGGCAUCAAGGUCCUGCUCUCUUUAAGAGCAGACACAGGCAGCUACCCACUUGCAUCCGUUCAGGAUGCAAGUAACGUGGCAGCUUACCUUUGGAAUAACUUCUUGGGGGGACAUUCAUCGUCUCGCCCACUCGGUCCUGCUAUCCUUGAUGGAAUUGACUUUGAUAUUGAAGGCGGAUCGAACCGUCACUGGGGUGAUCUUGCUAGGUUCCUGAAAGGGUAUGGCAAGGAAGUGUACAUAACCGCAGCUCCUCAGUGCCCGUUUCCUGAUGCUUGGAUAGGCAAUGCUCUCACAACCGGACUUUUCGAUUAUGUUUGGAUCCAGUUCUACAACAACCCGCCUUGCCAAUACAAUACUUCUGGGGAAAUUACCAACCUUGAAGAUGCGUGGAAGCAGUGGACAUCAAGUAUCCCUGUCAGCAAGGUAUUCUUAGGGUUACCAGCUUCACCAGAGGCUGCAGGCAGUGGAUUUAUCCCUGUUGCUGAUCUUAUUUCCACGGUGAUUCCAGCCAUUAAGGGUUCUUCUAAAUAUGGAGGUGUGAUGUUGUGGUCCCGGUUCUAUGACGUUCAAAGUGGUUACAGUUCUGCUAUUAAGAGCCUUGUUUAAAAUCAAAUUACUAGCUUAUGAUACGAAUUAUAUUUGUAUGGACAUCAAUGAAAUAUUUACAUCAGAAAAUAUGCUUUAGGUGGAGAACAAGCGAAGCAAUUAUACUUAUUAGUACUAAAUAAGUUUAAUACAUCAGAAGGCCCCUGAAUUUGUAAAGGGAAUCAGUUUCAGGGUCUGGAAAAAUUUCGCAUCAAAUUUGGUCCCUAAGAAAUUUUUUUUAAUUCAAUUAAGGACAAAGUGUGUCUGAUGCUGAAGUGGCUUCAAUUUUAGCCUACUCAACUUUUCCACGUGGCAUUUUAAAUUUUUUUAAUUAAAAAAAUUCCUAAAACUUAAAUUUUUAAAUCCAACUCAUAUAUUAAAGAAUAAAUAAAAAAUAAAAACAUAAUAAAAUCUCUAAUGUAAAUAAAAACCUAAAUCUAAAAAUAAAACAGAACGUUCCCUGCAAUCUUCCUCACCUCUUCCCUCUCCACCAUUGAAAACUCAUAACCACACCAAAAAUCCAGAAUCCUGAAACAACACCCCAACCCACCUCAACACCUCCAAACCCACACAGCACCACCAUUUACCCACCCAAAAUUUCAUCUUUUUCAGCCAGCAACCAGCAAAACCGAAACCCACCCCAACCACCACACCCAACCCUUUCUUGUUGUCAUUGCCAAACUCAAGCUCUCCUUGCUGCACCUUUGCCGUCUCCUUGCAUCAAUUUGUCCGGAUAUGCUUCGAUCUGGGCCGAAUCUAGGUUGGUGAGGUGAGGCUGAGUUCGGAUUUGCAUGUGGAUUGGGGGCGGUGGGGUUCUGGUUGUCUUCAAUUUGGGGAAAGAUUGGGAUUGAGUUUAAUUUGGGGGUGAAAAUGUUUUAAUUAGGGAUUGGUUAUAAGGAUUAUUAGAUUAGAUUCUUGCUGCAAUAAAAUCAGUAGAGGCAAACAAACCUUCUGGUGCUAAAGGUGUGUACUGGAAAAGCGCACAAAUAUGCUCAACAAUGGGACCAUCAGUUAGGUUAAAUAUCAGGGACAUGCUUAGUUACAAGCUUCAAUCAGAAUAGAGCUCCUGUAAAUGCUUGUUUUGAUUUAGUCAGUUUUCUGGGUUCAGUUGUUUGAUCUUGCCAAAUACCUUGUCAAAGAUGUCACCGAAGUUGCAGUACAGGGAUGAACAAGGGAUACUUUGGUGGUUAUACUGAUAUCUGUUAAAAAUCACCAUUUAAUGUAUGCACACAACAUAGACCUUGUAUUACUUUAUAACUAACACCAGAGAUUUAAUUAACUAACAUAGACCUUGUAUUUCUAGGAACCCAAUUUGAUGCAAAAUUUUUCUAAGCCCUGGAUUUGAUUCCCUUUACAAUUACAGGGGCCUUCUGAGGUAUUAAGCCUACUAAAUAUUCAAAAACUUUCAUGUAUAAGUUAGAAGUUUUAUUAUUGUAUGGAGUAACUUAAGACAUUCAUAUACCCUUGCUGUA